GCGGGGGGAGGAGGGGGGCAGGAGGAGCGGCUGGCACGCGCACACUCACACAUACACACACACACACACACACGUCGGGUCCACGCCGGGUCCGCACCGGGUCCAGAAUCCAGUCCAGCCGGGGCUUCGCGGAGGCGGCAGAGCGGCGCGGCGCGGCGCGGGGCGGAAGGCGGGCGGGGAGACGCAGACGGAGCCGAGCAGCAUCAUGGCGCUGAUCCCCUCGCAGGUCCUGCGGGUCGCCAUCCUGCUGUCGUACUUCUCCAUCCUCUGCCACUACAAGGCUCUGGACAUGCCGGCUCACCAGACGUACGGCGGCAGCUGGAAGUUCCUCACCUUCAUCGACCUGGUGAUCCAGGCGGUGUUCUUCGGCCUGUGCGUCCUGAUCGACGUCUCCAGCCUGCUGACCAAGGGCGGCGACAGCAGGGAGCAGGAGCGGCAGCUGAGGAAGCUGAUCGGCCUGAGGGACUGGAUGAUGGCCGUCCUGGCCUUCCCUGUCGGAGCGUUCGUGGUCUUCACCUUCUGGUCGCUCUACCUGUACGACCGAGAGCUGGUCUACCCCAAACUGCUGGACAACUUCAUUCCCCAGUGGCUCAACCACGGCAUGCACACCACCGUUCUUCCCUUCAUCAUCAUCGAGAUGCGGACCACCCACCACCGGUACCCCAGCAGGUCGUGGGGCCUGGCGGCCGUUUGCUGCUUCGGGGUUGGAUACAUCCUCUGGACGUGUUGGGUGCACCAUGUGACCGGGGUGUGGGUGUACCCGGUGCUGGAGCGCAUCGCGCCGCUCGCUCGGGUCAUGUUCUUCAGCGUGAUGCUGGGGGUCAUCAGCGUCUUCUACGUCCUCGGAGAAAUCCUCAACAGCUACGUCUGGGACCAGCCACACACAGCAAAGGUCAAAGGUGAGUGAUCUUCUCUGAAGUGGGAGGACGUCGAGCCUCCGUCGCCUGGAGAGGGAAGCAGAACAAGCCCUGACCAGCUCUGUGGACGUGGAAACGGCGGGUACCUUUUGAACUGCGUUUAUAGUCUUACCAAGUUAAAUCGGAAGAGUUCAACACACCAUCGUUCAUUUAAUGUGCAUAAAGAAAAGACUGAUUUGAUUCCAUAUCAAAGCCUGUUUUUUUUUUGGUGCAUUUCAACAAAAAUGAAGACCAGUGGAAAAUAGGAAAACAUACACACCACAUAGGAAGUCGCUACCUGUACAUGAAGAACAAGAACACACUGCAUCUGAACUUUGCUUUUCUGGUUUGGAUUACUUGAAUUUAUUCCUUUAUAAGUUUUUACGUUCUGCAGAACUGAACGUCAACAAUGUGUUGGAAUAUUGUUCGUUGUCUGAGUCACUCUACAUGUUUGAAAGAAACUCUAAAAACUGAAUAAAGUGUGAGUGAAA